AUGGCCGCCCCCGAAGGCAUAGCCCUCAACCUCCCGUCCAAGUACUCGGCCACCCCCUCGGGCCCCGUCGAGCGCCGCCCUCCACCGCCCACCGACUGGCUCGCCGGCACCUGGACCGUCACCCACUCGACGCUGUCCAUGUGGCGCUCCGCGCGCAACGUCCGCAUCAGCUACACGCCGCUCGCCGCCAAGCCCGACGGCCGCGCCCGCAUCGACGACCUCGUCGAGUACGAGCCGACGGGCAAGACGGGCGUGCGCAAGACGGUCGAGGGCGUCGACACUCAGGCUGCUGCCGGCCCAGGCUGGGACUGGCGCGGCAAGGGCUGGCUCUUCUUCGUCGGCAGCCACUGGGAGGUCCUGGGCUGGGGCGAGGAGACGACGGCCGAGGGCGCCAAGGAGAGGUGGGCCGUCACUUGGUUUGCGCCUACGCUCUUCACCAAGGAAGGGCUCGAUGUUUACUGCGAUCAGAGACAAGGCUUGAGCCAGGCCACGUAUCAAAAGGUCGAGGCGGCGUUGAAGAAGAUGGAGGCGCGGGAUAUCGUGGCCAUGGUGGACAAGGACAUGCGACCCGUCGAGAUCAAGCUACCUUGGACGGAAAAGUAA